GUUCAUCUAUAUACGACUUGGUGUAAUAAAUCGUAAAAAAACCUAUUGAUCGUGAAUGUGUAGCUAAAAGUGAAAAAUGCAAAAGUGUUUAUAAUAUUUCAUUGGAAUAAUUGUAUGUUGUGUUUCUGGUGAGAAUGCCUGUUGAAUACGUUUGCGUGGUUGAAGACGAAGGGGAUGAACCCAUUGAGCUUCCGACUGAAGAAGAUGGAACACUACUUUUGUCGACGCUAACAGCACAGUUCCCUGGUUCUUGUGGAUUGAAGUACAGACAUUCUGAAUCGAAAUUUAUUCGAGGUGUUCGAUUGGUCGACGGAUGCAUGCAUCCGCCUAUGGCAGAUGGAUGGGAUAACGAGACUUACAUUUGUGUCUUUCCUAAAGGUAAUAAUAUUCUAAGACGUACAGGGCCAGUUCUUCGACAAUGUGUCGUUUCUCCAAUGUCCACAUUAGCAGAACCAGCCGCAAGUCCAAAUGCAGAUUUCAGAACAUUAGAAAAUAAUCCCAUAAAUCAUAAUAGAUCACAUUGUGGACACUUUUACACCAUGCAACCGAGUAUACAUAAACAAUUAUUUAACACAGGAGGAUUUCCUAAAUCAUUUCAAAAACAGGUGAAAACUUUUAAUGAAGCUUGUCUAAUGGUUAGAGAGCCUACAAUCGAAAUAAUGGAAUAUAUGGACAAAAUGAAUUAUAGUAAACCUGCAUUGAGAUUUGUAAUGUAUGGAAAAUUAGGUUGUGGAAAAUCCCUGGCAUUGGCUCACCUCAUACAUUAUGCUUAUGAAAAGAAAUUCAUUAUUGUACAUGUUCCAUGGGUACCCAAUUGGUUUAUACGUCCCAAAGAAUACAACAACUCAACUAUCCACGAAGGUUUCAUGGAUCUUCCCAUAGACGCAGCGGCUUGGCUUUUCCAUUUUCAGACACAAAAUAGUACUUUACUAAAAGAAUUAGAUCUUAAGACUUCCAAAGAUUACGUUUGGAGUAAACGCGAAAUAACUCCGAAGGAUUCUCCAUUAAUGGCAAUUGUCGAACAUGGUAUUAAUAGAGUUAAAUAUGCUAGUGAAUGUAUAUCGGUGCUUUUCAAGGAGUUAAAACAACAUUCGACUGAAGGAAGGUGCAAAACAUUUGUGGCAAUCGACGGCUACAAUGCACUUUGGCACACACAUUCGAUAAUAAAAGGCGACAAUAAACAAUUUGUACCGCCGGCAAAAGUUACGAUAACCACUCCAUUCUUAGACAUCACCAACUUCGAUUGGUGUAAUGGUUUAUCGGUAGUAAUCGUAGACCAGCACGCGGUGCCCAAAGAAAGCCAAGAAUCACAUUUACCAAGAUAUCUUCUGGGUAAAGAAGGUUUUGAGCAUCUAGACCCUUUUAUUCCAGUGGAAAUAAAGGGUUAUAAUGAUAAAGAAUUUGCAAGUGUUAUGCAAUACUAUAGGGACAGACUGUGGUUGCAGACGCAAGAUUCGCAGGCCGAAAAAGAACUGCAUUUUAUGAGCGGUUGUAAUCCUUAUAGAUUGAUGGAGAUGUGUGGGCCAUUGUAGAUUUAUUUUGUAAUUAAAUAUAUAAUAUAGUAUAGUAUUGAGAAUAAUAUUGUUUGA